AUGGAUAAUGAUAUUUUUUCCUCAACAAAAUUACAUGGUAGCAAUGAUGUAACAUUACACAACAGUAGUAAUACAAGUACAACGGAUGCAUUAGCUAAUUCAGAAACAUUAUUAUUAUCAGAAACUGAACAGUUAACACCGAUUGAACCAAUAUAUAAGAAAAAUAUUGUGAAAACGCCUGAAAGUGUUAAUAACAGUGAUAAUCCAGUAUUAAAUAACGCUAUAAGUGAAACAACAAACGGUAUUGUUAUUAGCAAUGGAAAUGAUGAUGAUGACAUAGUCGAGAAUGGUAUUAAUGGUGAGGAUGAUAAUAGAACGACGGUCGAUGAUGUCUAUCAUGAAGGAAAUCCAGCAUUGAACAAAUCAUUCGAUGUAUUACCGCUAUUAAAGAAAGAAGAUGAAUAUGUCAAUGUUCUUGAUACGACUGUUGAACUACCCGACAGAGAACAAUUGGAACCAGAAGUGUCAGAUGAAUUUGUUACAUUGUCUCCCACAUCAACAACCACACUUGACAGGACGAUGGAAGUUAAGAAUGAAAUACGUUCGCCUGGUCAUGAGCGAUUAUCAUCAAAAGUUUCAGUUGAAUAUCCUUUGGUACAAGACUCCCAUGAUCCUCCGAAUGAAUUGGUUAAUGGCUUAUCAAAUAUGACAUUACAGUCAAAGCCUGUUGAAAAUACACCGCCAGUGUCAGAUAUAAAACCAGCAUUUGAUACCAACACAUUUGUAUUGAAGAAAAAAGAGCGACGUAAAGUGAACAAUGAAAAUAGUUUAAAUUUGGGUGCUGAUGAUUCAAUGAGUGAAUUCCCUGAUUUAUGCAACAAAGGAUCACCAUUGACAUUGCAUACCAUGUCAAAUGAACAACCACCACCAGCCCUUGAUGAUGCUCAAAGAAAAGAAUUCAUCAUAAUUAACGAGAAUGAAAUGAAUAAAUCAUCAUUAUUUCGUUCAUUAAUUGAACACAAUGAAUCAGAGAAUGUUGAUGAUGAAGAAAAAAAACGUCGAUCUCUAUUAAUAAGUAAACAUUUAGAAGAAAACGAAUCUUCAUCGUCGAACGUAUUAACUUCGUUACAGUCUGCGUUUGAUGUUCUAACAAAUUUGAGAACAAUUCGAACAGUUGAAAAUAAAAAACAACAGCAACAAUCUAUUCCCAUUGAUGAUAAGCCACCUACCCGCAUUGAUAAUAAGCCAUCUACUCGUAUUGUUGAUAAGCCACCUACUCGCAUCGAUGAUAAGCCGCCUACUAUACCUCUAACAAAUGAUCAUCUUAAUUCAUUUAGUGAUUGUUUGGAAAGUUAUUAUCGUACAUUAUGGAAUGUUUGUGCACAUACUGAAGAAUUAAAACGAGAAUUAAGAAUGGUUAAAAGUGAACGUGAUCAAUUGACAGAAGAUUUAGUCAAUGUUGAAAAUGCCUAUGCUGAUUUACGAAAACGAAAUGAAAAAUUAAAAUUAAAUAUUACUGAACAUAAAAAGAACGUUGAAACUUUGAAACAAUUUUCUGAAGAAUCUAUACGUUAUACAGAAGAACAAAAACAGAAAUAUCAAGUACUUAAACAACAUGCUCAAGAAAAACUAGAUAAAGCCAAUGAAGAAAUUGAAAAAUUACGUCGAACAAAUGCUACUGAGAGUGAAGGUGCACAAGCACAACUAAGAUAUGCACAAUUACGUGUACAAAGUUUAGAGCAAGAAUUACAAUCAAUAAAACAAGAAUUACAACAAAAGAUAAACUUUGUAGCCUUGUUGACAAAAAUGCAUUCAUUUUUAAAUCGAUUGAAUACGUUAUUUGCUUUUACACUGACGGUAUUAGCAUUUUUAACAACUGGUGUAUUUAUAUCAACAUAUUUUGAAAAGUAUCAUGCACCCAUUGCAAUAUCAACAAGUAAAACACUUGUAAAACAUAUGACCGAUUAUUCAUCGAAUAGAAAAAAAAAUGAUUUAGGUAUAUUACAAAUUGAUUUGGAAUCAGAUUUGGAUAAAUUAUUCGAUUGGAAUGUGAAACAAUUAUUUUUAUAUUUGACGGCUGAAUAUACCACAGCAUCAAAUAUUUUAAAUCAGGUUGUACUCUGGGAUAAAAUAAUUCGACGUGGUGAAAAUGCACGAAUGAAUUUACAUGAAAUGAAUCCAAAAUAUUACUUUUGGGAUGAUGGUGAAAAUCUAAGAUCAAAUAAUAUCACAUUAACAUUGGGCUGGAAUAUAAUUUCAAAUGCUGGAAGAUUACUACAUAUUCGAGGCAAUGGUUCAACAUCGUUUAUAUUUCCAGAUAGUUAUACAACAAGUCGCGGAACAUAA